GAUUUUUGCUGUGAAAAACGGAUGGCCAGUUGCUGAAAUGAAAAACAAUGCAUAAGUUGGUGGAACGCUUAUUCUUCUCUUUCACUUCUUCAUCACAAUGAGCAGAGUAGAGAACGAACCACGCAUUUCUCAAAUCCUUCCUACCGUCAAAUGCAGUGAUUGUGGUCGUGACGUCCACAUUCAUCGUCUAGGUGAUCAUCUCUGCAGCAGCAUGCCACCCGUGCCUGCUCUUCCUAUCUUACCAGACAAAUAUAAAGCUUUACCACCGAAAUCUAAAUCGCCAUUAACACCGCUGCAGAGUCCUGGAGAGUAUGAUCUCAAAACUUCAGGCCCCAUCCCGUCUCCUUAUUACAGUCCUACACGCGAUCUCCGACGACCGUCAAUUAAUGACGAGGAGCGGUCUCCAUUCAGCAGCUAUCGUGACGAUACGCGUAAACCGUAUGGAUCGCAUUACGACGAAGACGACGAUGGAUUCUAUGAUCGUUCCUACCCUCCUUCUCGUCGACCGCAAACCCCAAACUCCCUCAACCCAUCCACCCAAUACCCUCGUAAAAACAGUACCUCACCUGCCCCGUCCGACUCGAGGUUCGACGAUUACGCUCCUUCGAGCCCACUACGCAACAGUCCUGGACGCACGUACUUUUCUUCCAAUAGAGAUUUCCAGCCACGAAAAGAUUCCCUGGGGAAUGCGACGAAACCUAAAACAGAUGCCUUGGAUACGUUGAUGGCGGAUCUGAUGGUGAGUAUGAACGAAGAAGAUUACAUCUCCCCACGUCCCAUGGACCAUGAAUGCGCGGCCUGUGGAGAAGAAUUCGAUUACCGAGACGAUGUAACCAAAGCGGGUCAAAAGUGCUACCACAAAUCAUGUUUUGUCUGUCGCUUGUGUCGCGUUCCAUUGGAUCCUCGUCGUGGUUCGUACCACGAACACCAAGGCAAAUUAUAUUGUGAGGCGGAUUAUAACGUUGUCACCCAUCGUGUUUCAUGUGCUUCUUGUGAUCGCCCUAUUUUGCCGAACACCGUCCCUCUGAAAGCCCUCGGCAAAGUUUACCAUCCCGGCCAUCUGCAGUGUUCCCACUGCCUGGAACCAGUACUUGAAGAUGGGUUCAAAGAACAUCGGGGUCGCGUUUACUGCCGCAGCGACUUUAAAAAGCUAUUUUUGCCAAAAUGUCGAGGUUGUCACUUGCCAGUGGAAAAAGAAGCCGUCUCUGCCAUGGACGGCAAAUUGCAAGGAAAGUGGCACCUGGAGUGUUUUGGAUGCCACACGUGUCGGCAACCGUUCCCGGACAACACAUUUUACGUGUUUGACAAUGCGCCCUAUUGCAAGCGGCAUUACCAUCAGUUAAAUAAUUCACUGUGUAGGACAUGUGAUGAGCCAAUUGAGGGUCCUUGUGCACAAACCAUUGAAGGUUGGCGAUUCCAUCCUGCCUGUUUCCGAUGUUAUGUCUGCCGAUGUGCGAUCAGCGAUAUUUACUACAUGUUUGAACGCCACAUUUACUGUGAAGUCCACAUCCGACAAUUACAACAGCGACAGCAUAACAUCCGUGCUGAAAAGCGACGAACUCAAUUUGGCCAAAUUUGAUCAUGAAUUGGACGUCCAAAAAAGAAAAAUGUAUCUCCCCCUCCCCCGCAAAACAAAAAGAAGAUAAUGUCAUG